GUAGUGGAGAUGGGUAUGCUGAAGAGGAACAUGCAGAGGGUGGAAGGCGAGCUUAAGGAGAUGGGGGCCACUCCUGCGAAGAAGGACGGCGGGAAAGGGAAGUGGGGGUCGGUUGGGAAGGUCGCGAUGGCCGCUGCAGCAGCCACGGCUUUUGCAGCAGCAGCGGGAGGAGGGGGAGGAGGGGGAGGAGAAGGAGCGGGAGGAGGAGUAACCAUGGCAAGAAGAGCGAGCGGCGGGGGAGCAGACGAUCUGGUCGUGGUCCAGGACAGGCAAGGGGAUGGUGAAGCAGCAGGGGUCAGCUCAGACGAGGAGGUGCAGCAGCUGCGAGCAGCACUCAAGGCCGCGGCGCACAAGGUGCAGGUGCUGCAACCGAUGGCUGCGCUGAACGAGAAGCUGGUGAAGAAGCUGCAGGUUCUGGAGAGGAAAAACGGGCUCUCCAGGACCUCCUAGAGCAGGUGCUGGAGAGGAGGAGAGGCAGGGCUGCAGGGGGAGGGGAGGGUGGGCUGGUGGUGGAUGAUGUGGAUGAUCUCUGUGAUGAUGAGCUGGCUGAUGGACCGGGGUUGGGGUUUGGGCUCUUUUCGUGCCUGUUCCAGAGCCGAGGCAUGGCUCGACUCAUGCGGUGAGAAAUAUGGGGUGAUGAGAGUCCUUCAUGGAAGGUAGAGGGGAAGGGGGGGAAAGGAGAGUAUGGGAAGGAAGAGGGUUUUGGGAACGAGGGUGCCGUGCGAAACGGAGCAUGAGUCAUGCGUGCAAGAUGCAGAGGCGGAUGAUGAGGCCCGGGCAAGGCCUCAAGAUAGGAUUUUAGGCAUCCUGGCCAAUCAGGGCGGGCCCCCAAGAAACGUGUAGCCGUCAGGGCUGGUCGGAUAUGUUCAUUCUGAUUCCUCUGGGUGGUUCUCCAAUUAUAUACUAUGUACAGGCCCCCAAAUUGGUUUUGGGUCUGUCUGAUUCGUCAGAGUCCACUGCCUUCCCUUGGUAUGGGUGUCAGAGUUGCCUCCUUGAAAAAGUCUGAAAAAUCAGAGUAGCCUACAAUUUUUUGUCUGACCAAUCAGAGUCAUAGCCAAACUUUAGUAUGAGCCUUUUUUAUG